AUGACCGGAGGGUCCGUUAUUGACCCCGAGUGCGAGCGCUGUGGUGUGGUCCGGACCGCGGUCCGUAUUGACCCUGUUCUGUGUGGUCCGGACCGCGGGUCCGUAUUGACCCUGUUCUGGUGUGGUCCGGACCGCGGUGUGGUCCGGACCGCGGUCCGUAUUGACCCUGUUCUAGGUGUGGUCCGGACCGCGGUCCGUAUUGACCCUGUUCUAGGUGUGGUCCGGACCGCGGUCCGUAUUGACCCUGUUCUGUGUGGUCCGGACCGCGGUGUGGUUCCGGACCGCGUCCGUAUUGACCCUGUUCUAGGUGUGGUCCGACCGGUGUGUAACUGUCUUCAUGCAGGGCUCUCUCAGCUGGUGAGAACACAGCAGGUUGUCACAGCAACCCUGGGAGAAGAUGCGGUCUUAACCUGUGAGCUUAUGAAACCCAAAGAUGUGCGGCAAGUCACCUGGCAGAAAGAGACAACUGGGACGAAUGAAAAUGUGGCCACCUACAGCAAACGCGGUUCCAAUAUCAACCCACCUUUUCAGGGGAAAGUGGAGUUUGAAGAUGAGGGUCUGCAGAACUGCUCUAUCGUCAUCAGAGGAGUGUCAAGAGGAGACGAGUCCUGCUACAAGUGUCUGUUUAACACCUUUCCAGAUGGACCUAUCAGUGGAACGACCUGCCUCCAAGUCCAUGAGCUGUAUGGACCCUCACUCGUCAUCACACAAAACAACAACAGUCACACCACUCUGUUCUGUUCUGCUACUGGACGACCUGUUCCUAUAGUGACCUGGGAAGACACAGAAAUUCUAGAAAAUUCUACAAUGGCCAAUGUCACCCAUCUCAAUGGAACUGUCACUGUCACCAUAACUUCCACGCUGGCAGCAUUCAGUCUACCUGACAAAGACACCAGGGUUGGCUGCAUGGUGUCACUGUUCUCUGGAGGUAUCACCAAGAACGUAUCUAUGGUUAUUCCAGCUAGCAAUCAAGCUUCAUUUGCUGGUGUACCUGAGGUCACUGAUGGUGACAGGAUCAGUGUUAAACCAACAGGGAUUGGUGGAGUGAUGAGUUCACUGUGUUUCAUUGCUGUGUGCUGUGGAGCUGCUGUGGCACUGUGGUGCAAACAGAGAAAUACAAUGAGAAGCCCAAAUCCCACAGCUAAUGACAGAGAACAGGAAGAACCAUCAACACUCAACCCUCAACAUGAUGAUCCUGAAAUAUUUUUAUGAUUUCAAGUAAACAGUGUUUGUACUUACUGUAGGUAAGAAAUAGAUUAGARAACAUUGAAUUGUUUUUCAGCAUCAAAUGUCCUCUCUGGAUUAUAUGUAACUGUAAAUACCCACAAAGCAGUUAUAUCACUACACUAUUACAACAGAUGAUUUGACUCUUAUCAGUAUCAUUGAUGUUAAUGUCUUUCAGGACCACAACAAUCUCCAGUACAUUCUAAAUGUAUUAGUACAACCUUAUUGGAUCAUCCUGUUGGAGUGAUAGUCAUGGUGACUGCAUACAUGCAAAUGAGUUGCAUUUGUUGCAUUGCUGCAUUGUUGUUCCAGUAUGUUAUUUGUAUUUUUUAGGGAUCCCCAUUAGCUGCUACUCUUCCUGGGGUCCAAACAUAUUGAAGCACAUACAUU